AUGUCCCUGCAUGAGACAGUCCGUGGUGUGUACGGUCCAGGCACUUUUACGGACACUUUAUACACUACACUACCAGACGAGUGUCGGCGAUUGCUUCACCAUUUCGCCAAAAUCUCACCGGGGUUCACAACAGACGAUAGCAUUCUAAACAAUGUUGAGUUCCAUGGGGGAGCGUUACCCAUUAUCCCGGGUCCACUCAAGUCCCAGGCAAUGGCCGCGGUGUCACACGCAAUGAUCGGCAUUGUUGGUAAAGAAAUCAGUGCCUUGAAAGGGAUUGACACCGGCAAGAUCAGGAUAGAUGUCGACAAAGCAGGCCUUUAUCCUGCUACCGUAGCAUUGGCUUCCAUCGACGGCAAAGACAUGGCGGAGAUCGGCAAAGAGCGCAUAGCUUUUCACUCUGGCACGGACUUAGACCAAGGUGUCUUGACAAAUACUAACAUGCGCUUCCGGUCUUGGUCAAUCUACCCUACUAGGGACCCAAAUGUUUGGUAUCAGGUAUUGAGUAACCUGCACCCUGUCGAGUUUCUCAAGUCAUAUGGACUUGACGCAGACAUGUCCGUUACCAAGGAGGAAGCAUAUGAGAUUAUUAAAGCUAAAAUGGCGACAUACUCGGCCGCUGAGCUCGAACAAAAGAAUAUUGAUCACGGAUGGUGUGGACAAACAUGCUACACUCCAGAGCAGUGGAGGGAUACCGAGAUGGGGAAACGACUGCAAGCGCACCCCAUGAUCAAUUGCAACCGCGUGGUUGAGACACCGAACUUGCCCCCGGUUCCAUUCACAACAUCUGCGGACAAGCGCCCCCUAGCUGGGAUUAAGGUCAUCGAGUUUGCUCGAGUCAUUGCCGGACCAGCGAUGGGCGCCGCACUGGCUUCUCUCGGAGCAGAUGUCAUCAAGGUGCAAAGUCCGAAUCUUCCGGACAUCCAGUCUUUCGACCUUACCUUGACGGCUGGGAAACGGACUUUCUCAUUGGAUCUUAACGUCGAAGACGAUAAGAAGAAGCUGCGUACUCUUAUUGAAGACGUCGACGUCAUUAUCCAGGCCUAUCGAUACCGCUCUCUGGAGCGUCGGGGAUUUGGUCUCAACGAAGUUCUCGAGAUGGCUAACAAGCGAGGCAAGGGGGUGGUGUAUCUUGACCUGAACUGCUAUGGGCCUGACGGCUACUACGCAGAACGACCUGGCUAUCAACAGAUUGCCGAUGCCGCCUCUGGUUGCUCAUACGUCUGUGGUAAGGCCAACGGUUUCGAGGAUGGAACUCCAGUAUUGCCGUCGCUGCCAAUUGCAGACAUGCUAUCCGGAGCCAUUGGUGUCGUGGACGUGAUGAUGGCUCUCCGCGAUCGAGCCAAGGUUGGGGGCUCUUAUCACGCACAUGUAACCCUCACAGCAAUCGAUACCGCUCAACUUAGUCCCGAUGUCGGUCUUUAUCCUCCCGACAUUGUCAGAAGAGUUCAGGAGAACUUGAAGUUUGCACGAAUGACCCCUGAGUUGCACGUGGAAGAGUUGUUGGGGGUCGUCGUCAAUGCUUGGAAGGAAAAUUCUGACCUUCUGGGCCGAGACGGCUACAUGUCAACGUUCACAACGGCAUUCGGAAAGAAACAUAGCAUUCUAUCGCCGAUCGUUGAGUAUGAAAACAACUCUGUGAGUCCGCGUUGGACGAGUGGGCCUGUACCAUACUGCCAGGACACUUCAGUUACAUGGGAAUAA